AUGUCUGGACUCAAGGCCGGUGACAGCUUCCCCGCUGACGUUAAGUUCUCUUACAUCCCCUACACCCCCGAGGCUGAGGGCAUCACCUCUUGCGGUAUCCCCAUCAACUACAACGCCUCCAAGGAGUGGGCCGACAAGAAGGUCAUCCUCUUCGCCCUCCCCGGUGCUUUCACCCCCGUCUGCUCUGCUCGCCACGUCCCCGAGUACCAGGAGCGUCUCCCCGAGAUCCGCGAGAAGGGUGUCGACGUUGUCGCCGUCCUUGCCUACAACGAUGCCUACGUCAUGAGCGCCUGGGGCAAGGCCAACGGUGUCAAGAACGACGACAUCCUGUUCCUGUCUGACCCCGAUGCCAAGUUCUCCAAGAGCAUUGGCUGGGCCGACGAGGAGGGCCGCACCAAGCGUUACGCCAUCGUCCUUGACCACGGCAAGGUCACCUACGCCGCUCUCGAGCCCGCCAAGAACCACCUUGAGUUCUCGAGCGCCGAGACCGUCAUCAAGAACCUGUAA